AUGAUCUCCCGAAUCCGCCACUGGUUCCUCCCCCGGCCCGUCCCCAACAACGGCUCUCAACUGCGCGAUCACCUCGCCAACGAGCGCACAUUUCUAUCAUGGACGCGCAUGGGCCUAGCAUUUGCCGCCAUGGCGCUAGCCCUCGGGCGCUUAGGCAUCAUCGACCACGUUUUCAAUACCGAAUGGAAGAGGAGGGAGGCGGCAAAAUCGAAAGAGCAACAAACUACCGGCCCGGAACCCAAAAUCCCCCUGACGGGAGCGAACGAUAUCCUGGCCGGUAAAUUAUGCUGGGUUAUCAGCGCCUGGUCGUUUGGAUAUGGCAUCUUUCGCUACGUUUCUAUCCGACAGACGCUGCUUUCGGGACGCUUUGUCCCGGCGAUCUGGGGGCCGGUGCUGAUGACGUGCGGGUCGGUUGGGUCUCUGGGGGUUCUGUUACAGUCGGGGACUGGACUAGCCCUUUCCGAGUCGAGUGGGUCGGAGCAUGCUGAUUGA